AAAAAAAAAAAAAAAAAAUCACUCUGGAAAGUGCGCCCUCUACCGGUUGAUAAGAUAUAUUACACUAAAUAUAACAUUUUGUGGCAAGGCAGAUUCGUCUAUUUAUUUAUUUUAUACAUGCAAAACAAAUACUGCCAAUACAAGACAAACAAGAGUAAAAAUAUAAGUUCGUUUUAAUGCAUACAAUUGUACUAAUUAUAUUAUAUUUAAACAUCCAUCUUGAGUUUUGCUACUCGAAUCUGAUGUUGACACUCAACUUUAAUCCGUAAAACAGGGAAGUCAAGUGACAUCGCAAAUUCUCAAGCACCAAGAAAAGUGGGAAAAGGUUGGUCGGUCGACACGAAGCUAAAUAUGAACAAGACGUAGUAGAUCUGUAGUUACAAAUUAACCCUUAAUUACGUCCAAGGCCAAGUUCCACCAUAUCAUCUGGAUUGUUUGUAUAACUUCUGUCUGGGGUUUUGGAAGUGCUGUUUUUUUCCCAACCUCCGAGGGAAUAUGAGUUACACAGCAACAAACCGAAGACUAGAGACGCUGCCCCUUCUAAAAUAACUGUUGACUAGAUUCAGUUGGACCACGUUUGUCAUGGGCACCACACUGAGUGAGCCUUGCGUCUACGACAAGCUGUCAGAGAGCAUCGAUAUUCUCCGGCAGUCGGGGUAUCGCUAUGGCAUGUCGGAGAGGGAGAUCGAGAAGUUUAUCAAACAAGUCCUGGAGACCAACGAGCCUCGAAGAGACCCGCCACAAUUCCCCAUCCUUCGAGCCACUAUCAAGUUUGUGGUAGCGGUAGGCUUUCUGUUGGUGGUGGUGCUGGCCUUCACCUACCCCCAGACUCGGCCCCAGCUAGGUGUGAUGUACACGGGGGGACACAACUGGUCCUCCCCCCUCAGUCACGUCAGACUACUAGCUCUGCCCAUCGCCAAGAAGUACAACCUGCAAGGUUUCCAUGAGUGGUGGAGUGUGGGGGCUCUGCGGCAGGGCCUGGUCAACUGUUCUGGCUGUGCAGAGGUCUCCUCCGUGCUGGAGGUCCCCGAGACCCUCAGAGAGUCUGCGGCCAUGCGCAGGGGGCCACAGCCUGUGCUGCUUAAGGGUGGGGAGUAUCUGCGCAUGCAGAGGCAGCAGCUAGAGGAGCUCUACUCGGCGCACUCCGGCUCCAUGAGUAUACUAGUGGAGAAAGACAACCUACUGUCACAUGACGAGGGUUUUCCACAGGGCCCAGCAAACUUCACCCUGCUCUGGAGGUUUACAUCUGUGGCCAGAGAGAAGGUGUUAAGGUGGCUGUUCCCCAAGGCUGAGCUAUGUCCCCUACUGGACAGCGCCGGAACAACAUUGCAGCGUUGCCUGGUCACGCAUAGUGCCAACUCUCAGAGCAGAGGGGUGCGAGUGCAGGGCUGGCUGGUGGUAGGAGAGGGCCUGCCCACGGUUAGAGUGCUCCCUGUCCACCACUGUCAGAAACACUGCAGCUCCUUCAACCUCUGGCUGGGACCUGGAGAUAUGGUGUACGCUGACCCGCUUUACUGGCAGAUGGAGCUUUUCCCCGGCCGAGACCAGAACAUAGUUUGUGAUGGCUCCACUUUCUGAGGGAGGAGAGGAACAACUGAAUGGGAGGAAGACGGAGGGAGAGAGUGAAGGGUUCUGUCAUACAGACCUCUUGAAACUCCACUCCAGUCCAGAUAUCUGCAUACUGGCUGAGAAUGUCACUUCCUGUAGAGUCAGGGUGUGAUUGGACCUUUUAAUCGUCCCUUGCAGGCUAGUCCCGCCCUCCUCUAGGUAUGGGAAAGCACACUCACCACAGGUACAAGAUAGACUGAAGAAGUCUUAACACAUCUCAUCUCCCCUACCCUUCUCUGGCCUAAUACCAAACUCCUCUCGAGCCCCUACUUGUGCCUCUUCGUUGAUAUCCCUUCGCAGAUCUAAGACAACUGGAUGGUUGUAAGCAGGGAGAGACCACUCUCAGGCUUGGAGGUGUGUGUCUCGAUGAGGAAGAGGCUGGAAUGUUCUCAAACUCGGACUGUUUGCCUCAGAGGAAAAAUGGAGAGUGACUGAUCAAUUUUUUUUAACAGCAGGAGGUCUCGCCUCUGUUUUGUUCAGUUGGAAUGUUCAAGAUUGUUGUGGUUAUGUUUUUUAGUUGUGAUCAAAUCACACAGCCACAACAGGAAUAAUGGGACAGUUUUGUGGCGCUGCCCUCCCUUCAUCUACUCACUCUUAAACCGGACCAUAUUCAUCACCUAAGUUCAACAUGUCGCUGCUAGUGUAACAAUGACAGUUGGUUAGGAAGAUGUAUGAAAUUGAUUUGUCAGUUUGGUGAAUUACAUUUGAUUACUGAAAGUGCAGAUAUUGUAUUUAAUAUAUAGUUGACGAUAAGUGCUUGUGCCAUAAUUUCAGAAAGACUGAAAUGCUAUUUCUUAAGGUUCUUUUCACUAACAGUUUUUGUUUUGUCACUGCUUUUUUCCCCCUGUCAUCCAGUCUCCCGCGUGAGCACUAACAAGCCGGAAUUUGUUGAUGUCACAGUGUUUGAUGUUUUGUCACUAACGUUAUAGACCCAGUCGGUAUUAGAUAAAACGUUGCGGCCCUGCCGCUUGUGGGGAAAACAACCUGUAGUUACCUAAGUUACCCCAUUGGUUCACAGCCAAAACAUUUUUCAAAUGCAACUUUCUUGUUGUUUCAACAUUGCUUGCGUUCUCACUACUUAGAAAAAACAAAUAUUGUAGGGCUACCCUCAUGCGCCUUUUCACGAUGGUGCUAGCAGCCGAGUGAGCGCUACCGACCGGAACAUUAAGCUAGCCAAGACCAACAACACACAAAAAAAAAAAAAAGUAUUGAAUGUCGUUACAAACGGACUAUACUAAACAAGUUAAAUGUCUUACCUAUGAUUAAAUGUUUUCCACACACAUAGCUACGUGUAGCCUACUUCGACACCAGGUCCCCACAUCUCCCACGCCGAGAACAGCCUGAAGCCACAGGGCUCUUCUCGCAGGCUCUAUUUCCCUAUGUGGGAGCAUUUGGAACCGCUGGUUUUGACUUUUGACCUGGUUACAUGUCCAUUGAACAACAGCAGCAGCUUUUCGCCAUGUUUUGUUAUUUCUGUUUACCAAAGAAUUGACGACAAAGUUGGCUCUUUUACACUGGGGGUCAAUGGGAAAUAAGUUUUUGUUUUCCCCGAUUUGUGGGCAAGGUUGAGGGGAAUUCCUUAUUAUUAUGUGAAUAGCGACAUGGACUAUCGAUGUUCAGAGAUUUGAUCCAGUUGUAUAGUCAACAUAGUGUUUAUGGAGUUUUAAUCUCUCAGAAUUCACCAUUGUCACGUUAUGGCCUUAUUGUUAAGCUAUAUUUUAACAUUUUAAAUGAAUCUGUUUUUCAGCUUCCCUGUUGGAGCUGCCUUCUUUUAUCAUUAUUUAUUGUUUCAAGUUCAAAUGAUGUCCAUGUACUGGAACCUAAGCUAUUAAGUGGUUAUUACUCUUCACCUCUUCAUGACUGUGGAUGUAUUGGCAUGUACUACUUCCAUAUUGCAUAAUACAUACUAUGAAUGCAUCUGUUCUUUGGUAGUACACAUGUCCAAUUCCCUCCUUCGUAUGAACUCGGAGGAUAGUGCCAAAAAUAGUCUAUUGAAGAAGUUCUAUUUUUUUUUUACCAAAUCUAAAAAAAAAUAUGUAAAUGGCAUGUUAGAAGGGUCCAGACAUUUUUUUUGCGAUUUCACUUGUUUUUGAGGAACUUAUCCAAAAUAGAAUAUAACGUUGCUGAGACAAUUUCAUGUGUACAACAUUUAAAGAACUGCAUCACUAUACUGAGAGCUUUUCCGUUUUUAAGUAUUUGGAUGUUUUUGGAGAUUUGUUCAUGUUUUUUCAGUGCCACCAUCCUGCAUAACGAGGAAGUGAAUUGCUGGUCGAGGUAAGUUUCUCAAAAACAAGUGAAAUAGCAAAAAAGUUUCUGGACCCAUAACAUGCCAUUUAUAUCCACCCAUCAAAGUUGUAGGAUAUAAAUUAGAAUCCACAUGGGAAGUGGCUCUCGGUUUAUCUCUCCUGUCUGAAACCCAGUUGGGUGGGUGCGAUAUCUUUACCAUUACAUCUUCUUUGUUACUCAAAAUCUAGUUGUGGUUCAAGGCCCUCGGCUUUGACCAACCAAUAUCACCUCCUUCCUAAACCUGACACAUUUCCCUUGAGUUCAAGCUUGCCUUUUUCUUAUCACGCCUCACUGUAUGUCAUUGCAUAUAUUAUCCUAGCUACAGAUUGUACGCCAGAUAAUGUGAUAGAACCAAAGAUUUUUGGGGUCCAGUAACCAAAGACUUUUAUAAUAGGUUAUAUCACAUUAUCUGGCAUACUAUCUGUAGCUAAUAUUCUCCCUGUUUUCUUUUUCUGUUUGCAAGCUCGAGGCUCCUUAAUUUGGUGUCCUUCAAGCAGUCCACUGUGGGUUCUUUGUAUUGAAAAUGGGGCAAUGUAUAUCACUGGCUUUAAAUGUGAUUACUUUGGUGAAAGCGGCAAUUCAACUUUUUUUUAUUGUCUUUGAACAAUAGUUUUGUAUGAUCAAAUUGCAAUGUGAGUCAAGAAUUGGACACUUGUUUUGGUUGUGUGUGCUUAAUAGGUGUCAUGGAAAUCAACACUUUAAUUUGACUAAUGUAUUUUUGAUAUCCCUUUAAAUCAUGUUGCAAUAAUUUCCAUGUUGGAUCUUAAAAUCAGAGACCAUUAUAUCAAAUAGUUUGAUUUCAUGCACUCCAGUGUAGUCUCUGACUUCCUUAAUGUGAUGCGAAGCUAUUUUAUCAAAUUGAUUACCUAACGUUUGAUUGAUUACUUGAUUGAAUUAAACGAUGCAACAAUUAACUCGUUAAUAACCUGGGGCACCACGGAAGAGUUAGUUUAUAUUGAGCGGCUAUCUCCCAAAUCCAUUCUUAAAUGGUGGCAGGUAACCUAGUGGUUAGUGUUGGGCCAGUAACCAAAAGGUUGCUAGACCGAAUCCCUGAGCUGACAAGGUAAAAAUCUGUCGUUCUGCCCCUGAACAAGGCAGUUAACCCACUGUUCCUAGGCCGUCAUUGUAAAUAAGAAUUUGUUCUUAACUGACUUGCCUAGUUAAAUAAAGGUUAAAUCAUUUUUUUUUUAAAUACAUGAUCUUUUGUCAAUCAGUCAUUAAUUAUUCUUUACAUAAUAUCAGUCUCAUCUGAAAGUCAUAAAAUUCUUGGUUAUCUGCACGAACCCAGCCUUUACUAUGAAUCAUCCAUACACAAAUUGGCUCAAUUAUUUAUUUACUAACUAAUUAAACAUUUAGAAUAUACAAUACAUAAUAACAUUAUACAGUAAAUACCAUCCCCAGUGGACUAAACAAAAACAGUUUGGUUAUAACAUGAUAGAUUCAGAGGGUUAAGGGGGGGUUCAGAAGGAAGACUAAGGAAUGGGUCUCUAUCGGGCAUGGGAAGCUAUUCUCACAAAUGCCUAUGCCACUAACGAUCGCUCGUUCGGAGAAAGGUAAUGCAUUGUAUUUAUGUGAAGCUGGCUUCGAUAGUUGAGCUGGUGGUGUGAGGCUCUGGUUUGCCCAGUUGAUGUUGCCAUUGUCCUUUUGUAGAUUCUUCCGGGUCGUUGUGGAGUGAGAUGUUGUGAUUUUCUGUGUCUGUCAAUAUUCUUACUAGAUUUGCUACCUUUCCAGCUGCAGUCGGUUAGGCUGUAAUCUAGGACUCACUUCUUGAGUGAUCAAUAGUUCAGAGUUCAUACCAUUUCAAGUGUGGAGCAAGCUCUCAUGUGUUCUGGCCUGUAGGGUGGAAAUUACAAUUAGCCCUUUUUAAACAUGAGGACCUCAUGGUAUUUGGAACUGAGGUGACUUUUCGUCGCAGGAGCUUUUAUUCUAGAGUGGAAAAGGGGAUGGUUCAUCAUUUCCAACCAAUGUCUAUUCACUUGGGUGUGGCUACUGACUGGGCACAAGUUACCAUAAAACAAAGAUUUUCAUUUUAGAAGACUAAAUCACAUUAUCUUUUGAAAAGUAUUCUUAUACUUCGUUAGACAUUUUAUCCCACAUUCAGUUGCAAGCCUCAUAACUGAGGAACCUGUCUAAACAGAGUUAGGGUAAUGUGGCCGUGUUGUCUUUCAUGAGGUCACAAACAUGAAACAAAACAGACCGGGUCGUAGCUGGCUUCUCCACUGACCGUUUCCACAUUCUCUAAAUUAGGAAUAAUGUUUAAUUCUCCAAUUCGGGGAGGUAGGAGUAUUUGGCGGGAGAGUCCCUUUGUCUUACUGUGACACUCCAUACUGCAUGUUGCAAGGGAGAAGAGGGCCUCUGCCAGAAAUGUAUGGAGCUGUUGCAAAGUCAUAACACUGCCCCCUCCUAACAGGAGGGGGCGAGGUCACAUCUCUGCUAGAGGGCUAGCGUCAUGACAUCUGUCAGACGCUGAAUGUUAGGAUAAUAUUUAUAAAUAAAUGUGUUUUCUGCUCUACUGUGA